AUGGUGCUGUCCAGUGCUGACAAGGCCAAUGUGAAAGCCGCCUGGGGCAAGGUUGGCGGCAAAGCUGGGGACUAUGGCGCAGAGGCCCUGGAGAGGACCUUCCUCGCCUUCCCCUCCACCAAGACCUACUUCCCCCACCUGGACCUGAGCCCGGGGUCGGCCCAGGUCAAGGCCCACGGCAGGAAGGUGGCAGACGCGCUCACCCACGCUGUCGGCCACCUAGACGACCUGCCGGGCGCGCUGUCUGAGCUGAGCAACCUGCACGCGCGCAAGCUGAGGGUGGACCCCGUCAACUUCCAGCUCCUCUGCCACUGCCUGCUGGUGACCCUGGCCCGCCACUACCCCGGGGACUUCAGUCCUGCCAUGCAGGCCUCGCUGGACAAGUUCCUGCACCACGUGACCUCGGCGUUGGUCUCCCAGUACCGCUGA